AUGGCCGCACCCACUGACAACACUCAAGGCCUGGUCACAGGUGUUUCCCAAGCGCCGAAAUCUCGCCAUCGACAUGGUCUGCCCACUCCCGAAGGCACGCUUGCACCAGAAGAUGCAAGGAUUACGGCCGAUAAGGAACGGAUGGCGCGAGAGGCAAGGCAGCAAGGUGCCAUGCCCUCUAUUAUCGAGGUUGCAGAUCGGGAAGAAGCCCAGUCCAAACCCGCAUUCGACAUCGGAGCGCAGGACGACCGGCAGUCUCAAGGCGGUGGCGACAGCGGUAGUGAGAGUGACGAGAGCGAUGAUGGAAGGCCGUCCUUAGCGACGGACGCACAGGCUGAAGCGGUCCAUUCCGUUCUUGCUUGCUCUCGCAGAGAUUAUCGCAAGAUAUUGAAACUAGAAGCGGUGGCGGAAGAUGAUCGACAAGAAAAAGAGAAUAUCGUGAAUUCGUUCACCCGCUUAGGAUGUCUGACCCACCCGGACUUCAACCCAACAAAAGGGGCUGACGAGGCUUUCAAAAGAGUUCUCAAGGCAGCCAAGAAGCUAGGCAUCGACCAAGAAGAGAUCAAUGAGGUGAAAUUCUGGGACGGCGAUGAAUUGGCGGAGCGAGAGUUGACCGCCGACGGUAGAUGGGUGGAUAAAGGCGACUCAAUGCAAGGUGUUGAAGAUUCGUCUCCUCUAGGACCAACAGAGGUCCAUCAACAAAUUUGGGGUGGCGUCAAGCCUGUCCUGGGUCGACUGAUGAACAACCCUCAUGAUGAGGAAGCUGUUGCAACAUUGAAGGAAGCAAACACUAAGAUCGUGGAAGAGAACAUCGCCAACAAGGUCCCAGAGGCCAUGCUUAACAGCUAUACCAUUGCGAUCGACACCUUCAAGGCAAUUUUCGCCGAGGCGGCGCCCAUUCUGGCCCGACUACGGGAGAAUCUCGCUGACAGUGAGGCUCGGGCAAAAUUCGAAGCCCUUAAUGAUCGUUUAAGAGCUUUUAAUCGGCUGCACCAGUAUCCUGAGGGGUGGAUCAUGGAUCCUCCGGCCGCAAAUGCCUCGAAGCCGGCCAUUGAAGGAACUGGGCUACAGAGGGCGUCGGUCACUGCCGUUACAACGUCUUCGUCAUCCAGCGACAUCGUUUCUACAUCGACAACGUCUUCCUCGGCUCAAGACGGCCCCAUAACCUUUCGACGAUCGACCCGUAAAGAAGGAUAUGUCAAGGAACACGGGGUGGAAAAAAAGAUUGAAGGCGCUCAGAAAGUUGGUGCUGGUCAUCAGCUGUUGAUUAGUCGUCCCGGAAACCACAACCUUAAAAUUUACGAAUUGGUCGCGGCGUCCACAUUCGGUAAAGGGUUUGGUGCGGCGUACCUCAAUCAACCCGAUGCCAAAUUGAUCGGCAAGGGUAAGAAAGAGGACCUCAAGGAUAUGAAAAUCAAGGAUAUGGUGAUCGCCGGCGUCGCUAGCACUCGAAGAGACCCUUCCAGAGCCUCCAACGGUGGAAGGGUUCGAGAACCCAAUACCAUCGUCCUCGUCGGUUUCGGCGAGCAGCCCGGCCAGUUCACCUGGUACGAUCGGUCCGUUUUAGGUGCCUAA